AUGAACGUUGUUGACAAGCAUCGACGAUACAGACAACGUCAACAAGACAACAACCCGUCUUUCUCAUCGACUUUGUUAGACGUUAUUUAUCGCUCGAUCGACGAAAGAGUUGAUGAUGAUGAUGAAGAAGAUUCUGGCGGUUCCCUGCAGGUUUAUAAAAAAAAUAAUAAUAAUGAUACCAUAAUGAGAAAACAACAAAUUAGUUUCGUCAACAACAAAUGUAGUUCUCGAGUCGUCGAAAAACGAAACAUUUAUCACAAGAAUAAUAUUAUUGGGUCGUCUUGUUUGGAGACGACGACCGAUCAUCAAACAUCCAUAUACGGAUUCCCUACAAGAAGGCCUAGAGCUAUACGUACAAGCAGUAGCAACAAUGCUGCCACUCCUUCAGCUGCAGCCUGCAGCAGCAACAUUAUGUAUAAUUAUUAUUGCUCUCAUCAGCAGCAGCAAGAACAAAAUGCUGCUGAUCAUAAAAAGAAUGUUGAUGCUGUUCAAGUGAAGAAUAAUAAAUCUAGGGCAAUAAUGAAGAUUUACGGUUAUUUGAUCAAGAGAUCAUCAGCUGGGGGAGGAAAACAGCAGCAGCCAAUUUAUUCACCGGGGGGUGGUCGGCGGUUAGCUGGUUUUUUAGUGUCACUUUUUACUAGUACUACAAAUAAUAAUAAGAAGAAGAAAUCCAACACGAUGUCAUCGCCUUAUUGUACGGGACGUGAUAAUCAUGAUGUUAUCAUUCAUCAUAGGAAAUCAUCAUCAUCCAAGUCAAAUUCGGCCCACCCGCCAACAGCAAAUACUACUAUUGGUAACAACAAAAAUGCUGUUAGAUUUGAUUAUCCGCCUUGGAACGAUUCUCCUCGAGACGGUAGAUUUGAUCAUGAUUCAUCAUCAUUAUCUGCUGUUUUUAUGGAUACCAGAGAUAGAUGUGGGAGUAUUAUUCAAGAAAGCAGGACUACUAUUCCUCGAAGAAAUAAUUCUUGCUUUUUCAAGAACAAUAAGCAUCGUAAUGUGUUUGAUGAUGAUUCCAUAACAAAUACCAGUAAUAAUAAUAAUAAUCAUAAGGAUGAUGAUGAUGAUGAUGAUGAAACCACGGGGAGUAGUAGUUAUGCGAGUUCGGAUUUGUUUGAGCUAGAAGAUCAUCAUCAUCAUCAUCUUAUUAAUAAUUCUGUAGCUGAUGCAGCAAUUGAGAUUGGGAUAGAUGAUAUGAAAGAAUUGCCAUUGUAUGAAACAACUAGCUAUAGUACAACUGUUGCUGCCAAUACAGCCAUUGCCAAUGCUUUUCUUCUUUAAUUCAUAUCAUUCAUCCAUCCAUCCAUCCUUUAUUAUUACUAUAUUUUUCAUCA